AUGGAGAAAUCAACCAAGAUUAUGAGAAGAUCAAUCUACACCUUCCUUCAAAAUUAUCAUUAUUUCACUUUAACUCCCGCACUUCUUGCUUUCCCUUACUCACUUUCUCUUCUUCUCUCCCAAAUCUUUGUUCCAUCUUCUUCCUUGUUUCAAUCAAUCCAUGGCCGUCUCAGUGUUGUUUUCCAGGCCUCUGGGUUCCCUUAUUCAUCAGAUUCCUUUACAUUUCUCAGUUCCAAACUUUCCCAAACCAUCUGUUUCUCCCUCUUUGCACUCCCUUUCACCUUCUCUUUCUUCCUCUUAUCCAAAGCCUCCAUAAUCAGUUGUUUUCGCCAUGGGAAAAGCUUCAAACAACCUUCUUUCUCUUGGGUUCUUUCACUUUACAAACCUCUCCUCGAAACUCUAAUCUGCAAUUUCUUCUUAAUCAUCUCAGCCAACGCCACACCUUUCUCUGUUUUGUUGUUUGGGUUCAAUUUCCUUGAUGGGUUGGGAUUUUCAUCCCCAAAUUGGAUUCUUUUGAUGUCAGCUUUUGGGGCUGUUCUUUAUUCGGUACUUGUGGCCAAUGCCAUUUUAAUUUCUAAUUUUGCAUUGGUUUCAUCUGGAAUCCAAGGAUCUGGUGGAUAUUUGUCCAUUCUAAAAGCUUGUGUUCUUAUAAAAGGAAGAACUUCAACCGCUUUGACAUUGGCUUUACCUCUGAAUCUAACCAUGGCAGCCAUUGAAGCACUGUUCCAUUACCGUGUUGUGAGAGCUUAUAGAAAUGGUGGUGAUUUCACCUGCUUUUCAAUGGCUUUGGAAGCGAUUUUCAUUGCUUUUUUAUAUUCCAUAAUCGUUGUUCUUGAUACUGUUGUGAGUUGCUUCUUCUUCAAUAGCUGCAAAACCAACCAGGAAGGUAAGUUUUCUUACGGGACUGAAAUUGCAGAGGAAGAUGAUUGUGUGAAGCUGAAGAAUAUUGAAGGACUGCCAUAG